CUCCCGAGCCCCGUGCCUUCCCAUCCUUUGUGUAAUUGAGGAAGGCAAAGAGUAGUCUCUGCCGAAACCUGUUUGGAGGCGUUGUGGUUUCCACAGCAUGUUAGAUGGCACAGAAUCUCAGCCACUACUCUGCAUUUAGUUUGACAACAAUGAAACACUCUGGUGUUUUGAAAGCAAAGGAAGCUUGAAUGAAUGUGUCCAGGCAGACGAGAGAAGGGAACUCUCAUGCAUAAAUUAAUUCUUACGAAAACCCCAAAAGUAAGUAGUGUUUUCAGUUUGCAGGUGGAGAAAAUUACAUUGCGAUAUUAAAUACGUUUUCCAAGGUGACUCCCCCAGUUAAGUAAUAGUGGGCAGUAGGGGUCUGGAAGCUAGGACUAUGAGUCUAGUGUCCUUUAGGUACAUUGCAUGGGAUACAUAGUCAAGAACAGGUGCCAGAGAGUGACAUGGGCCUGCAAGGAUAAGGUCAGGAAAGCCAGAGGCCACUGUGAGCUGGGGUACCCACAAGGAGUUUUGUUCUUAUGAGGAAGACCAUCCAGUGUUUAUGGAAGAAUAGAUGAUAUUAACAGGUGAUAGGAAAAGGAAGAGUUUCUUCCAGUCUGUAGCUUUCUUUUCAAAAUGGAAAGGCCAGCCUAAACCCUUUAAAGAGGGUCUCGAAGCCCGAAACUGGACCGGAUGUUCAAAGCCCGAAUGGCAGACGUCCUAGAGUAGUGAAAGCAAUUAUAAUCAUCUUUGUGCAGGUAUGAGAGAUGAGAACGGACCCAGGAGAAUUUUCAAGAGGGAAACAUUGAAUCCUCAAAAGAGGGAAACAUUGAAUCCUGGCAAGGUUCUAGAACAAAUUCUUUAAGAUAGCUCAAAACUACCUAGGGAAGCAUUUACAAAGACUUAUGCCAAACCAACUCCCUUCCCUUUUCUAGCAAUCUCCUGGGCUAUAGAUCAGGGUAUGCUGUAUCCAUUGUCUUCAAAUGGAUCAGUUUAGUGAAUUGCAAACAGCAGUUUUUAAAACAUGAAAACCAAAAGAAAGAAAGAUAUCAGAGUGCAUUGCAUGAGCAAGGGGAAGUACUGUUUUUGGAAGCACCGCUGGUGAUGCACAUGUCCUGUUCUGCGUUGCUGAUCCUGCUGCCUCUGCGUUGAAGAUGUCUGCCCAGAGGUUAAUUUCUAACAGAACUUCCCAGCAAUCGGCAUCUAAUUCUGAUUACACCUGGGAAUAUGAAUAUUAUGAGAUUGGACCAGUUUCCUUUGAAGGACUAAAGGCUCAUAAAUAUUCCAUUGUGAUUGGAUUUUGGGUUGGUCUUGCAGUCUUCGUGAUUUUUAUGUUUUUUGUGCUGACCUUGCUGACCAAGACAGGAGCCCCACACCAAGACAAUGCAGAGUCCUCAGAGAAGAGAUUCAGAAUGAACAGCUUUGUGUCAGACUUUGGAAGACCUCUGGAGCCAGAUAAGGUAUUUUCUCGCCAAGGCAACGAGGAGUCCAGGUCUCUCUUUCACUGCUACAUCAAUGAGGUGGAACGCUUGGACAGAGUCAAAACUUGUCACCAGACCACAGCCCUUGACAGUGAUGUUCAACUCCAGGAAGCCAUCAGAAGCAAUGGGCAGCCAGAGGAGGAGCUGAACAGGCUCAUGAAGUUUGACAUCCCCAACUUUGUGAACACAGACCAGAACUCCUUUGGGGAGGAUGAUCUUCUGAUUUCUGAACCACCUAUUGUUCUGGAAACUAAGCCACUUUCCCAGACCUCACAUAAAGACCUAGAUUGAGAAACAUGCUCUGUAAAGGGUCUUCCUGAAGAUGUGGAUUCUAUCUUUAUGUGGCAAGAAAUCUACACCCACCAAAACUGUGUGUGUUUGGGGGAGAGAGAGGCACAGAGAUAGAGACAGAGAGACAGAGAAGAGACCCCUUUAGAAGAGAGCUGAGCUGAUUAAGCUGAAUGGUUUUUUGUUUUGCUUUGUUUUUGCUUUUUAAUACAUUCGGAGCUUUGGUGGUAUUAAAGUAUUUACAACAAGCUUGUCCAACCCAUGGCAUGUGUCCCAAGACAGCUUUGAAUGUGGCCCAACACAAAUUUUAAACUUUCUUAAAACGUUAUGAGAUUUAAAUUUUUUUUUUUUUUUUUUUUUUGCUAUUUUUUUAAAGCUCAUCAGCUAUCGUUAGUGUUAGUGUAUUUUAUGUGUGGUCCAAGACAACUUUUCUUCCAAUGUGGCCCAGGGAAGCCAAAAGACUGGACACCUCUGAUUUAUACUAGCUCAUCUUCCUUGUUCAAAAAUUUGGCCAAAUAGUUAUUGUCAGCAUUCUUGGGUGAGGAUUAGCCUACCACAUUCUAAUCUGGCCCUGCCACUACCAUGCUCUACCUUUAGCAAGUUGCUUUACCUCUCUGGGCUGCCCCAUUUUUAACUGUAGGUUGACGUGUCUGGAGUGAUCCAUCCCACCUCUAAUAUUUUGUGAAUUUAUGACUUUGCCUUCAGAUGAGGCUAAGCUAUACACAAAACAGUAUAAACUAGGGUACUGCCUCAUACCUCUCGUAGGCUCUCCCAAAUCUCUGUACCUUCCACUCAACCCUUAAUUGAACCAGGCUUUAGUCAGGGGGUCUGAGUAUCUACCAGAAUGUCAGGAGACUCAUCUUGCACAGUCACGGUGACCAGUGUUUCUGGUGGGUUGUGCUGAAACAGCUCUUCUGAGAACUUCCAACCACCCAUGCUCUAACCUGGGGACAGCCAUCCCGUGCCUCAGAAUAAGUACCAAUUCAUAGGUCAUGCAUGGUACUCUUGUCCCCAAGAAAAGUUAGGAAGGUUGUCAGCUGAGUGAGGGGAGGUGCCUUCUGGGUAUCUCUGUGUUGGUGUAUCUGUGCCAUUGACUACAGAACAAGAAAAAUACUAUUUGGCGUGCUAUUACCUUGGCAGAUGUGUGGGUGAUAGUCAUCUGUAUUUGAGUUGAGAUGGUCAGUGGGUUGUAAAUUCCCCACUAGCAGAUAUUCAGGGUGGCCUGAGUUAUGUAAACUUGUGAGCAACACAGAGUUAAUUUAUGGAGGAAUCAAAGCUGCAGACUGGUGUUAAAACAACUUGGUUUUGUGCACACAGUUGCAUGCAUGGCAAGCUGUUAAUCUCUGGGUGGCAUUUUCAUUAUGAAUUUGUUCACCACCUGUCUUGCUUAAGCUAUAAAAUAAAUGCAUUUGACUGCACAGAAA